AUUCGGCUGCAAAAAGAGCAGGCUGUUAGGAAACUGGCAACUGUAUGACUUUAAUUUGUUAAUUUUGUCAGUGUAUUCACUUGUCAGAAGUAUGUUUAUGUUCUGUCGCAUACUGGAUGACCGCAUGUACAGGCAUUCUGGAGUCUAACAGAUCUGGUGAAAGGCAUUUGCCCUUCCCAUAACCAGUCUUUAGAAUCACAAUGAGAAAAAGACCCAAACAUGUGGGAAGAUGGAUUUGUGAACAUUUUAGAGGAUAGCUCUGUCUCUAACCAUGAUACAUAGGGUGAGGAAAACUGGAAUGUUCCUGAGAAACUCUGUAGCUGGACACUGGUAGGUCUCAAGAACAUCUUGCAAAAUCACUUGUAGCUACAGAAGAAGCACCUCUCCCAUGCAGGAUUCUACUAGUCUGAGUUUCUGAAGUGAGUAUGGUAGCUGAGUCAGAAGCAGCAACUGUUUAUAGUUCAGUCUUGUUAGAUGACCUUUCCCAUCUUCUGGUGAGAAGCCUGAGCUUUCCCUCCAGCCCCUCACUGGUAUUUUUACCUCAUGCUUCUUGUCUUAACAGUCCCCAUGCUGCCUUACCAGCUCCCUGUGUCUUGGAGGUUCAGAUGCUGUUAGGGCUUUACCUUCGCUGCUUUCAGUUUCUAUUCUCCUUGUCUACAGAGAUCGCUGGAAAUUUGCUUUUGUUUCCAGUAGACCAACUCCUUUCUGGAGACCCUGGGCUUCUGUUAGGGUCAAGGGGUUUGAGACUGCUUGUGCAGAGCUGAUCGAGCACUAGACUCAGCUGGGCUUGUAACUUCAGUUUAUUCAAUCUGCUGCUGUUACACACAAAUCAUAGUGCAAGACACGGCUCUCCCUGUUCUUACUACUGUUGGCUGAAAGUAAAAAUCAGGGGUUUAAUUCCUUCUGUCUCUUGCAUCUAAAUUUGUUCAUUUAAGCUAAAAAGUAACUGGUAGCAUUUUAUUUAUCACUAGAGCUACUGAGAGCUUUAUAGCUCUCUCUCCUAGGUAAGUUGCACAACCACAAUAAAAAAGAAAAAAGAAAGCCUUACAAGUUUGGGAAGCUUCUUUUCUUGACACUUCUUGUGCACCUAAAUCUUGUCAAGCCUGUUUACAAUGCCAAACAAGAGCUAAGUCAUGCAAUUCUAAUAAAAAUGUGUGUAGCUUUUUACCACUGAGAGUGGUGUACAGAAAAAGUAGUGUAUUAAACGUAUUUAAUGGCUGUAGCUUUUUUAAUUUAGUCUCUUUUUAAGUAAGCCGCCUUUUCUAUCCCAGUUUUAGCUCCAUCUUCUUUCCUACAAGUGAAUAGAGUUAAAAAGUAAUCUUACAGUCUAAUGUGUUGAAGAAAACAAAACAAAAAACCAUAACCAAAAACCCGCACCUAUCUGUGGACGGUGUUUUAUAACCAGACUGUGUUUGGUUGUAAAGCUAAGCAGCUCUCGCGGGCUGACAUGAGCCCUGUUCCCCGCUCCCGCCCUGCCGGGGGAGGCUCCCGCCGCUCCCUCCUCCGGGACUACCGCUCCCAGAAGCGCCCGGGCUGAAAGUGAAAAUAAACGCCAGGUUACGCUUCUCUUUUUUUCCCUUUCCCCCUCCCCGGCGGCGGUAGCACAUGUCCUUUCUCUUUUGUUUUCCGCCCGGCAGGCCGGCUGCGCGCCCGGCCAGGGACUCGCCGCCCUGAGCGGGGAGAAGCGGGACCGCGAUCCCGCCGGAGCGGUGCCUGGGAGCUGCUGCCCGGCCCUGCGGAGGAGCCUAGAAGCCGCGGGGUUUAUGGAGCUGGAAGUCCAGGCUGCGGAGUAAAACUUGGCUGUUUCUCCCCGCGAUUCCCACAUGCAAGUUGAUAACGUGAGACCGGCUCCUUUUCUUAUCGCUGCUGCUACCUCGAGUGCCGGGGGCCAGCGCUCUGCCCCCCCCAGCCGCUGCUGUUUCCUUUACCCGGCCCCGGAGCUGCUCGGUGGGUUUCCCUUGCCAUGUGGGGCUAGGAGGGGUGCAGCCAUUCUCCACAGGGUGAAGCGGUAAACAUGGAGGCGGCGUGCAGAGCCGACGGCGGGGAGCAGAGCCAUCAAGGCGGCGGCGUGGACACCCCCGGGGACACUUCUAUGGACUGCUACCUGCGAUCUCAGGGCUUGUACAGAAAGAGAGUUGCCAAGGAUGGAUCUUGUCUUUUCAGGGCUGUGGCCGAGCAGGUGUUACACUCUCAGUCUCGGCAUAUUGAUGUUAGGAUGGCUUGUGUAGACUAUCUUCGGAAAAAUAGGGAGAAAUUUGAAGCAUUCAUAGAGGGGCCAUUUGAAGACUAUUUAAAAUGUUUGGAAAAUCCACAGGAAUGGGUUGGACAAGUAGAAAUAAGUGCCCUUUCUCUUAUGUACAAGAAAGAUUUCAUAAUAUACCGGGAACCAAAUGCUUCUCCUUCACAUGUAACUGAAAAUGGCUUUUCUGAUAAGGUAUUGCUGUGCUUCUCAAAUGGAAACCACUAUGAUAUUGUUUAUCCCAUAGAGUAUUCAGAAAAGGCUGCUCUGUGCCAGUCUCUGCUGUAUGAGUUGCUUUAUGAGAAAGUAUUUGAUACAGAUGUAAAGAAAAUUAUAGCAGAACUUAGUGCUGUUGGUGUGACAGAGGAAAGUAAUGGUAGCAGUGAAGUAUCUGCUUCAGAUUCAGAAGAUGACAGCUACAGGUAA